AUGCGUUUAAUGAACUAUGUCAUGACCUAUAGUUACGUCCUUGGAGGUGUAACGGCCGUCAUGUGGAUAAUGCGAUUUAUUGUCUUCGACCUGCAAGAAUCUUCCAAGUAUCUCAUAGCCAACGGCCGGGAUGAAGAAGCAAUCGAGGUUCUUCACCGCAUCGCUCGCAAGAACGGUAGAACAGUGACCCUGACAUUGGAAAAGCUUAGAGCUGCAGCACAUGAACAAGCCGGUUCUACCCAGACAGCCAACAAACUUUCGACACUGCAGGUCCUGAAAAACUCUGUCUCGAGUCUUAGCUUCUCCCAUGUUACUCCGCUAUUUUCUACGAGAAGGCUGGCUAUAAAUACUAGUCUCACUAUCGCACUUUGGGGUCUCAUCGGUCUCGCAUAUCCCCUCUUCAACGGUUUCAUCACCCUAUACCUCAGCACUCAAAUCCCGAACAGCACGCUUAGCACGAACGAAACCUACCGGGACUAUGCUAUCAUCUCCGUAAUGGGAAUACCAGGCUCAAUCGUCGCUUGCCUUGUCGUUGACUUUACGAGGAAGAAUCCAGGGAAAUUCGCCAUGGGAGGAAGGAAAGUUACUAUGGCUGUUUCUACAGCCUUAACUGGUGUCUUUCUGUUCCUCUUCACUACUAGCAAGUCACAUGCCGCAGUCUUGGGCUACUCGUGUGCCUCUGGGUUUACCGAGAACGCUAUGUACGGAGUACUCUACGCUUAUACUCCUGAGGUGUUCCCUGCUCCUCAUCGUGGAACUGGCGAUGCGAUUUGCUCAGCUUUCAACCGUGUAACUGGGCUUCUUGCCCCUAUCAUCAAAAUCGUUACCACGCAUGCAGAUGGGUCCCCCAUCGGUGGUGCUUCUGCUGCUAAUGGUCCGAUAUUUGUAUCUGCCACGCUCUUCCUUGUUUCUUCGUUAUUGAUGCUGUUACUCCCGAUCGAGACUGCCGGAAAGGCUGCACUAUGA